AUGACAAUGCCACCACCCAGCAGGCCGACCUCCUCGCUAUCCUCCAUGCCGGUCAUUUGCCCCAUGUUUCGAACUGCGACUACUCCCAGUGCAGUACAAUCGAACUGCUUGAUAGUCAACGCGCGGUACCAUAUGUUGCCGUCUCGCACGUAUGGUCCCAUGGACUAG